CGUAAACAAAAAUACUCAGCUUUCUCCACUUAUUUACAAUUCUGCCACUUCCUUUUAAGUUAUUUAAUUAAUUAUUCAUCUCUGCUUCGAGUUUUUGGGUGAUGAAUGAUAAUAAAGCUUUUGUGCUUUAAUGGAAGGACCUUGACACACACCUCUCUCUCUCUCUCGUUGCUGUUCGUCUUCUCUACUAGUAUAUGUCUCUAAUCGAUCGUCUUCUUCUUCGUGAGUUUCGUAGUUGAAAUAACAAACUAAGUAUCCUCCAAAUGUUAUCAGAAGAGGAGCUACAGAGCAAUGUCUCUUUAGCUAGUUCAUCACCUACUAGCAACUGCAUCUCUAAAGGAGGAGGACUGAAAGUGCAUAACUACUUUGGUCUCUCUGAUUCCUCCUCUGUUGAGAGCUCAACUCUAUCUUGUGGUGAAGAUGACAAAGGCACUAUCAGCCUCAAGGCUACGGAGCUGACACUUGGUCUACCUGGAUCACAGUCUCAUGCUAGAGAGACAAAGCUUGAUGAGAAGCCAUUCUUUCCUUUGCUUCCUUCUAAAGAUGAGAUUUGCUCGUCUUCACACAAGAACAAAAGAGGGUUCUCUGAUACAGUCUAUACUGAGAAAAACUGGAUGUUUCCUGAAGCUGUAGCUAACCAAUCUGUUGUAAAGAAGGAAGUGACAACAAACAUACCCAAGGGACAGUUGAGCACUACAAACAAUAGCUCUAGUCCACCUGCAGCCAAGGCACAGAUUGUCGGUUGGCCUCCAGUGAGAUCCUACAGGAAGAACACACUGGCCACAACUUGUAAGAACAGUGAUGAAGUUGAUGGGAAGCCAGGUUCCGCGGCCCUCUUCGUGAAGGUCAGUAUGGAUGGCGCUCCUUAUCUGAGGAAAGUUGACCUGAGGAGCUACGGUAACUACGGGGAGCUUUCUUCAGCCUUGGAGAAAAUGUUCACAACUUUCACUCUCGGUCAAUGCGGAUCUAAUGGAGCUGCAGGGAAGGAUAUGCUCAGAGAGACCAAACUCAAGGAUUUUCUGAAUGGAAAAGACUAUGUACUCACCUAUGAGGACAAGGAUGGUGACUGGAUGCUUGUUGGAGAUGUUCCAUGGGAGAUGUUUAUUGAUGUGUGCAAGAAGCUGAAGAUAAUGAAAGGCGCUGAUGCCAUUGGGUUAGCUGCAGCUCCGAGAGCAAUGGAGAAAUCGAAGAUGAGAGCUUAAAAGACUGGGGAAAAAAUGACAAAAUAGCUUUCUAACUAUACAAAAUAUGUGCAAUUGAGAUUAUCCCUUUUGGUGGUGUUUUUAGUUUCUGAGAUUAUGAAGAAAACAUAAAAAGGCUACGUUUGUAAUGAAAUGAAGAAGAAUUGAAAAUGAUCUAUUUUGAUGUUGUGGCU